GCGGGCGCCCGGACCCCCAGGCGGAGCGACAGGUCUCGGGCCCCCAGGCAGAGCGGUGGGCGCCGGACCCCCAGGCAGAGCGACAGGUCUCGGGCCCCCAGGGCGGAGCGGCGGGCGCCGGACCCCCAGGCGGAGCGACAGGUCUCGGGCCCCCAGGCGGAGCGGGCGGGCGCCGGACCCCCAGGCGGAGCGACAGGCACCGAGUCACCAGGCAACAACAGUGGGCUCCGAGUCAACUGGCAUGACCGCUGGCACUGGGUCAGACAAUGGAUCGUCUGGCUGGACAGGGGCAUCGGGUCACCAGGCAUCAGGUCAUUUGGCUCGACAGCGGGCACCGCGUCAUCUGGCAAGGCAGUGGGCUCCGAGUCAACUGGCAUGACCGCGGGCACUGGGUCAGACAUUGGAUCGUCUGGCUGGACAGCGGGCAUCGGGUCACCAGGCAUCAGGUCAUUUGGCUCAACAGCGGGCACCGCGUCAUCUGGCAAGACAGUGGGCACCAAGUCA